AAAUAUUACAGUCUUGGGAAAAUUGAUACUCUUCCAUGGAGAAAGCAUUUUUUGAAGGCCAAACUCAGAUGCCAACGCAGUUCACCUAUUCCAUCCAAAGCCCUGAUGAUAAUAGCUUAAAACGAAAAAGACGAAGAAAAUCCCCAAAUCAACAAAUAGCCCAAAGACACGCAGCAAAUCUCCGAGAACGAAAACGUAUGCAAAGUAUUAAUGAAGCUUUUGAAGGCCUUCGAAAACAUAUCCCAACGCUACCGUACGAAAAACGACUUUCCAAGGUGGACACAUUACGCUUGGCAAUAGGCUACAUUGGAUUUUUAACAGAAAUGAUCAACUCUGACAUGAGUCAUAGUCAAGCCUUACAACCUUCAAGAACAGAACAACCACGAAAAGUCAUGAUAUGUCAUCGCGGAUUUGCUUCACAGAAUGAGUAUGGACUUCCCCCGUUAACAGGCCAUUCAUUGUCAUGGACCGAUUCGAAAAAGACUAAAGUAGUAGCUUCAACGAUGACAGCCAAGAUUUGGACGCCCGAAGACCCUAGGAUGGACAAUCCAACUCUAUUCACAACAACGUUAUGAACGUUACCCUUUCAGCAAAUGUUAAUUGUAUUUUAACAAAGUUCAAAUUAUUUUUUGAUAAAGAAAAAAAUAUACAACACCAUGAUAUAUCAGGUGGAUUGACACUUCUCAGUGUUGUAACUUCCUUGGUAUCGUCAUAAGCCUUAAUUGACGGCUUGGUUAACAUAAAGCGAAUGUAAAAAAAAUCCUUGUAAAAAAGCCUUGUAAAUAACUUUAAUAGUCACUUUUCAUAACAAAUAUUCGUAUACACAAUGUAUAUGGAAUUCAGUUUUUCAUUAAAAAGCAAAAGGAGCGA